AUGGCCGAGUUUCCGGUCGCAAAUGGCAUCACAACUGUCAUCAAGGCCCCCGAUGGCUACCAGGUUGACUUUGACCAUCCGCAACAACAGAAAGUGCUCGAACACUACCUGGUAUUUGGUAUUCUGGGAUCCUUGGCAUUCUUGACCUUGAUACAAAGGUUCUAUACCAAAUUCUGUUUAUCUGACGGUCCAAAGAUCGACGAUUGGUCUAUAUCGAUCAGGGGCUUGGGCCAUCAUGCUUUCGAGAUGUCUAUACAGACAUACGAGAAGCACAUGCUGAGCUCUUACAUUGUUGCCCCGGUGUUCAUCACUUGCAACGGCUUGACAAAAACCUCGCUUCUGACAGCGUACCUCAACAUUUCACCACAAAAGUGGUACCGAAACGCCAUCAUGACAGCCAUCGUGAUGGUAGCCACGUACACGAUCAUUAUCGCAUCACUUCUACUAUUCCACUGUCAACCCAUUCGCACAAACUGGGACCCUUAUGCCGCCGGAACAUGCCUCAACUCGGCAGUGCUUUACAUGGCCAUCGCCGUUUCCAACAUCGUUUCUGAUGUCGUUCUUUUCAUCAUACCCAUUCCCAUGGUUCUCCGUUUGCAGAUGCGGCCGGCUGUCAAAGUCGGAGCCGUUUUAAUGUUUGGCAUUGGAUCCAUAACUGUUACGACAUCUGUCGUCCGCAUGAUUUACUUGCAGUCGCUUCUUUCAUCCAAUGAUAUCCCAUGGGUAGCAGCCCCUGCAAAUGUCUGGUCUUUCGUCGAGGUGAAUCUGUUCAUCAUAUGUGGCUCAAUGCCUACCCUACGCAGAUUUUUCCGAGCAAUGGCACCCAGACUGAUUGCCUCGGAAGGGUCGAGAGUGAAGGAAAGCACACAUGCCAGUAUUUCUCGAGGGCCGCGCAGCAGAUACUCGCAGUUUGACGUUGAGAUGGAUAGCCUUUCCAGUGAAAGUGAAGUUUUGGAGGACAGUAAACAGAGCAAAUCAAAAGCAGGAAAGUGA